AUGACCACCUUCCAGAUCAAAAACCCCCAGGGUUUUUGGGAGUUGUUACUCCAAAAUCCCAGUGGGGUUUGGAAGUCAGGACAAAGAUGUAUAAAUGAGUUAACUUCAAACUUGAAAGUGGCCCCAGGCACCCCAGACCAACCAAACCCACCCAGAGCCCCCCAGAACACCCAAAACACCCAAAACACCCAAAAUAGCCUUCACCAAUACCAUGUCCGCCAGCCCCCCAAAGAAGACCCCCUAGUCCACCCAAUCAGCUACCCAUCCCCCCAGGACCUCAAGAUGCACCCCAAGAAGACCCCUCAAGCCCCUGAAGAAGAUCCAUCAGCCCCUUAA